AUGGCGCCAGUUAAAUUCGGACUGUUCAAAACGAGGAGUCGGGAUCAGCAGGAGCAGCCUUCCACCGAGAAUCUACUGCACAGCGCCAGCUCUGAACUAGCGACCCCCGGCUCUCCGAUCCCUUCAACGAGUAAAGGGCAGAGUGCAGACGCAGAUUUCUACUCACCAGACAUAUCGGUGUUGCAGCUCGAUAGCGACGAUGAAGAUAUCGGUUCAGAAAAGCCUACGCCUACCAGGCGAAUCAGCCAUAGCAGUGUUAUAGAGGAUCCACUGAUGAACUACCAACACCUAACCAACCAGUCAUCCAUCGAUCACGACGACACCCCUAUAGACGACGACGCGACCUCCUGCGAUGCCAACUCCAUACAGUUCGACGAGACCUCCUUAGCGCCGAGCGAAGACCUGUCGGUCUACUGUCUGAAGAAGAAGAAGAACCUCAGGAGUGCCAAGGAGGUGCAGCAGUUGAGGGAUUUGGAUAUGUGGAGGGCGAGCGACGUUGAGGUUAUGCAGAACCUCCUAAGUCGGAGUGGCAAUCUUAACGAGCAGUUCAAAUGGGAGGCCAUCGCCACCGCACGAGGGCUCUGCACACUCACGGACAACUGCGCUUGCACGGAUUGUGCACGUGCCAAGUACUUGGCGGGGAUGGCGGACGGGGACGGCGGGAUGAGCGCGGCGCCAUUGUUAAGCGUUGGUUGCGUUUUGCAGUAAGGCUAUCGGGCUAUAAGAUAAGUAUGUGAAAAUGAAAAGACUAAGAUAUGUAUUCUUUUUCUACUGAAUUAUCCUCGAAUAUUGUAAAGACAGAGCAGUAAGUUAAUGAAAAUCUCUCAAUCUCAAACGGGACAAUGACAAAAUGUUUCUCUAUUUUAAGUGUGACACGGCGAAGAAUUUUUGGUAUUUAUGUUGAUAUUUCAUCAAUAUCUCCUACUAAAAGAGUAGAUAGGUUAGACAGACAGAUAAUGUGUACUCUGACUCUAACUGACAACUGCAUUUGCACGGAUUGUGCACGUGCCAAGUACUUAGUGGGAAUGGCGGACGGGGACGGCGGGAUGAGCGCGGCGCCAUUGUUAAGUGUUGGUUGCGUUUUGCAGUAAGGUUAUUGGUAACAUUCCAUUUCUAACCGCAGCUGCACUACCGGUACUGAACGCGUCGCUGUCAUUGUCAAUUUCCAUAGUAAAAUGAACAGUAAUGCAGCUGUCGUUGGAAAUGGACUGUCACGUUAUCAGGCUAUAAGUAUGUGAAAAUGAAAAGACUAAGAUGUAUUUCUUUUCUACUGAAUUAUUCUCGAAUAUUGUAAAGACAGAGCAGUAAAUUAAUGGAAAUCUCUCAAUCUCAAAUGUGACUAUGACAAAACAUUGUUGGUAUUUAUGAUAACGUUUAUCCUCUAGCCGCCCAGAGACCUAUAAAAAGGUCUCCUGUUUCAUUCUAAUUUGAACUUUGUGUUGACAAAAUAAAAUAUCAUUUUGCUUGGCAAGGUUUGACGUAUGGGCGGCUAGAGGUUAUUAGAAUCAAGAGAAUAAGAGCGCGUCAACGUAUAUUUGAACACCUCGUCCGCUUAGCAACUUUUACUGCUGACUGUACAGAAAUUGUCAAAAACUGCCCACCAAACCAAAACCAAACCAAAAACCAAAACCAAACCAAAUACCAAAACCAAACUAAAUA